CCCGCGGCGGCCAUAUUGGACAGUGUCAGUGUGGAGGCGGCAGGACCUGGAUGGCUCGCGGCGCCUCGUAAUAGUUCCUUCACCACUGCUUCAUCCGCCUCGCCCCCCAUGCAGCCUGCCGGGAACAUGUCGCAGGUGUUGCCGAUACGCUUCCAGGAGCACUUGCAGCUCACCAAUGUCGGGAUCCAAGCAUCCAACAUUGGGUUCAACACCCUCACCAUGGAAUCGGACAAAUUCAUCUGUGUCCGAGAAAAGGUGGGGGACACAGCACAGGUGGUCAUCAUUGACAUGGGUGACCCCACCAACCCAAUCCGCCGGCCCAUCUCGGGGGACUCUGCCAUCAUGAAUCCCGCCUCCAAGGUCAUUGCCCUCAAAGGUAAUAACGACUGCCCCCAAAAGACACUGCAGAUCUUCAAUAUUGAAAUGAAGACAAAAAUCAAAGCCCACACCAUGGACACUGAGAUCUCGUUCUGGAAAUGGAUAUCCUCCAAUAAACUGGCCCUCGUAACAGACACUGCUGUGUACCACUGGAGUAUGGAUGGCGAUGCUCAGCCGCAGAAGAUGUUUGACCGACACAGCAGCUUGAACGGCUGUCAGAUCAUCAACUACCGGACGGAUGCCAAACAGAACUGGCUGCUGCUGAUCGGCAUCUCAGCACAGCAGAACCGUGUGGUGGGGUUCAUGCAGCUGUAUAGCAUGGAGCGCAAGGCCAGCCAGCCCAUCGAGGGGCAUGCAGCAGGCUUCACUAGUUUCAAGAUGGAGGGUAACGCAGAGCCAUCCACUUUGUUCUGCUUUGCGGUGCGUAACGCCCAAGGUGGAAAGUUACACAUCAUUGAGGUGGGUCAGCCAGCUGCAGGGAACCAGCCCUUCGCAAAGAAGAAUGUAGAUGUGUUCUUCCCACCUGAGGCACAGAAUGAUUUCCCAGUGGCUAUGCAGGUGAGCUCUAAGCAUGAUGUGAUCUACCUCAUCACCAAGUAUGGUUAUGUCCACCUGUAUGACAUUGAGAGUGGCACCUGCAUCUUCAUGAACCGCAUCAGUGGUGAUACCAUCUUCGUCACAGCCCCCCAUGAGCCUUCCAGCGGCAUCAUUGGGGUCAACCGCAAGGGACAGGUGCUAAGUGUCAGCGUUGAUGAGGAGAACAUCAUCACCUACAUCACCAACGUCCUCCAAAACCCAGACCUGGCCCUGCGCAUUGCCACAAGGAACAACCUGGCUGGUGCAGAAGAUCUCUUUGUGCGGAAAUUCAACACGCUUUUCCAGAAUGGGCAGUACAGCGAGGCGGCAAAAGUGGCUGCCAAUGCCCCUAAGGGUGUGCUGCGGACACCACAGACCAUACAGAGGUUCCAGCAGGUGCCCACACAGCCUGGCCAAACCUCACCCCUCCUCCAGUACUUUGGAAUUCUCCUUGACCAGUCUCAACUUAACAAAUUUGAGUCCCUGGAGCUGUGUCGGCCAGUGUUGGCUCAGGGACGCAAGAACCUGCUGGAGAAGUGGCUGAAGGAGGAUAAGCUGGAAUGUUCUGAGGAGCUGGGUGACCUGGUGAAGCAGGCUGAUCCCACUCUGGCCUUGUCUGUGUACCUGAGGGCAAAUGUUCCCAACAAGGUGAUCCAGUGCUUUGCUGAGACGGGUCAGUUCCAGAAGAUUGUGCUGUACGCCAAGAAGGUUGGAUACACCCCAGACUACAUCUUCUUGCUGAGAAAUGUGAUGCGAGUAAAUGCCGACCAGGGCCUGGCCUUCGCACAGAUGCUUGUACAGGAUGACGAGCCCAUGGCUGAUGUCAACCAGAUUGUUGACAUCUUCCUGGAGUCUAACCUGAUCCAGCAGUGCACCGCCUUCCUGCUGGAUGCUCUCAAGAACAACCGUCCCACCGAGGGCCCCCUGCAGACUCGCCUCUUGGAGAUGAACCUCAUGUCUGCCCCACAAGUGGCAGAUGCCAUCCUGGGUAACCAAAUGUUCACCCACUAUGACCGCGCCCACAUUGCUCAGCUAUGCGAGAAGGCCGGCCUCCUGCAGCGUGCCCUCGAGCACUACACUGACAUGUAUGACAUCAAGCGGGCAGUAGUACACACGCAGCUGCUCAACCCAGAAUGGCUGGUCAAUUACUUUGGCUCACUUUCAGUGGAGGACUCGCUGGAGUGCCUCAAGGCCAUGCUUACUGCUAACCUCCGACAAAAUCUCCAGAUUGUGGUGCAGAUUGCCUCCAAAUACCAUGAGCAGCUAACAACGAAUGCACUCAUUGAUCUUUUCGAGUCAUUCAAGUCAUUUGAAGGCCUCUUCUACUUCCUUGGAUCUAUCGUCAACUUCUCUCAAGAGCCAGAAGUGCAUUUCAAGUACAUCCAAGCAGCAUGCAAAACUGGACAGAUUAAAGAGGUGGAGAGAAUAUGCCGUGAGUCCAACUGCUACAACCCUGAGCGUGUGAAGAACUUCCUGAAGGAGGCCAAACUGACGGACCAGCUGCCUCUCAUCAUUGUGUGCGACCGCUUUGACUUUGUCCAUGACCUGGUGCUCUACCUGUACCGCAACAACCUGCAGAAGUACAUCGAGAUUUAUGUCCAGAAGGUGAAUCCCUCCCGUCUGCCUGUUGUUGUGGGCGGUCUGCUUGACGUGGACUGUGCUGAGGAUGUCAUCAAACAGCUGAUCAUGGUGGUGCGCGGACAGUUCUCAACGGAGGAGCUGGUGGAAGAGGUGGAGAAAAGGAACCGCCUGAAGCUGCUGCUGACAUGGCUUGAGUCGCGCAUCCAUGAGGGUGUCACUGAACCAGCCACCCAUGAUGCCAUCGCCAAGAUCUACAUUGACUCAAACAACAACCCGGAGAGGUUCCUGAGGGAAAACCAAAACUAUGACAGCAAAGUUGUGGGCAAGUACUGUGAGAAGAGGGACCCACACCUGGCCUGCAUUGCCUAUGAGCGUGGACAGUGUGACAGGGAACUCAUCAAUGUUUGCAAUGAAAACUCGUUAUUCAAGUCUGAGGCGCGCUACCUGGUGAAGAGGCGUGACCCGGAGCUGUGGGCUGAGGUGCUUCAGGAGACUAAUCAGUACAGGAGGCAACUAAUUGACCAGGUUGUCCAAACAGCACUGUCAGAAACUCAAGACCCUGAAGACAUCUCUGUCACAGUGAAAGCCUUCAUGACUGCUGAUCUGCCUAAUGAACUUAUUGAGCUCCUUGAGAAGAUUGUGCUUGACAACUCCGCCUUCAGUGACCACAGGAAUCUUCAGAAUCUGCUGAUCCUAACAGCCAUCAAGGCAGACCACACACGGGUCAUGGACUACAUCACACGCCUUGACAACUAUGAUGCUCCGGACAUUGCAAACAUCGCCAUUGGCAAUCAGCUGUAUGAGGAGGCCUUUGCCAUCUUCAAGAAGUUUGAUGUUAACACUUCAGCUAUUCAGGUCCUAAUAGAGCACAUAAACAACCUUGACCGAGCUUACGAGUUUGCUGAGCGAUGUAAUGAGAGUGCAGUCUGGAGUCAGCUGGCGAAGGCACAGCUGCAGCAGUCCCUAGUGAAGGAAGCCAUUGACUCCUUCAUCAAGGCUGACGACCCCACAGCUUACAUCGAUGUUGUGGAUACUGCUCAUAGGACAGGCCAUUGGGAGGACUUGGUGCGCUACCUGAUCAUGGCACGCAAGAAGGCCCGGGAGUCAUAUGUGGAGAGUGAGCUGUGCUAUGCCUAUGCCAAGACCAAUAGGUUAGCUGACCUGGAGGAGUUCAUUGCUGCCCCCAACCAUGCUGAUAUCCAGAAGAUCGGCGACCGGUGCUUUGACGAUGGCAUGUUUGAUGCCGCCAAGCUGCUCUACAACAAUGUGAGCAACUUUGCCCGCCUGGCCAUCACUCUUGUCCACCUCAAGGAGUUCCAGGGUGCUGUGGAGUCUGCCAGGAAAGCUAACAGUACAAGAACGUGGAAGGAAGUUUGUUUUGCUUGUGUGGACAAUGAACAGUUCCGCCUUGCCCAGAACUGUGGUCUUCACAUAGUUGUACAUGCUGAUGAGCUGGAGGAUCUUAUAAACUACUACCAGGACCGUGGAUACUUUGAUGAGCUGAUCAACCUGUUGGAAGCAGCUCUGGGGCUGGAGCGAGCACACAUGGGCAUGUUCACCGAGCUGGCCAUCCUCUACUCCAAGUACAAGCCUGAGAAGAUGAGGGAGCACCUCGAGCUCUUCUGGUCACGAGUUAACAUUCCAAAGGUUUUGCGUGCAGCAGAACAAGCUCACUUGUGGGCUGAGCUGGUGUUCCUGUAUGACAAGUAUGAGGAGUAUGACAAUGCAGUGCUCACCAUGAUGGCCCACCCCACCGAGGCAUGGAGAGAGUCCCACUUCAAGGAUGUCAUUACUAAGGUUGCCAACAUCGAGUUGUAUUAUAAGGCCAUCCAGUUUUACCUAGACUACAAACCCAUGUUACUAAACGACCUACUACUGGUGCUGUCACCAAGAAUGGACCACACCAGAGCAGUACACUUCUUCACCAAGGCCGACCACUUGAAGCUUGUGAAGGGCUACCUAAGAUCAGUGCAGUCCCUCAACAACAAGGCCAUCAACGAGGCCCUCAAUUCCUUGCUCAUUGACGAGGAGGACUACACUGGGCUAAGAACUUCCAUUGAUGCCUUUGACCACUUUGACAACAUUGCACUUGCUCAGUCCCUGGAGAAACACGACCUGAUUGAAUUCCGUCGCAUCGCUGCCUACCUGUACAAGGGCAACAACAGAUGGAAGCAGUCUGUGGAGCUCUGUAAAAAAGAUAAACUCUUCAAGGAUGCCAUGGAGUAUGCAGCUGAGAGCAAAAACUCUGACACAGCUGAGGAGCUUCUGCAGUGGUUCCUUGAGAAUGGUAACCACGACUGCUUUGCCGCUUGCCUCUUCCACUGCUACGACCUUCUCCACCCCGACGUCAUCAUGGAGUUGGCAUGGAGACACAAUAUCAUGGACUUUGCCAUGCCUUACUUGAUCAAUGUUAUGAGAGAGUAUAUUACCAAGGUCAAUAGGCUGGAGGACAUUGAGAAGAACAGGUCUGAGGAGAAUGAGACAAACGAGACCAAGCCAAUGAUGAACAUGAUUGGUGAGCCCCAGCUUAUGAUCACAGCUGGUCCAGGUGUGAUGGGCCCAGGCUACCCGAACGCUGGUUAUGCUAACAACAUUAACUACACUGCUGGCAUGCCCUCCUACCAAGGUUACAGCAUGUAAACCCCUCUUUGGGAUUACCCACCAGUAAAGACCUGUAUGAAGCAGCUUCAGGUUGGUUCAGUGUUAACCGUAGACUUGUUUACAGAGGCUUGUAACUAAUAAUGGAGCCUACCAAAAUAUUCCAUAAGUUUGCCAGUUGUAAAAUAUACCAUGUUACAUAGCUAAUCCGCAGGGAUCAUGAUGUCCAAAUUUUACCUCGGAUUCUGCAAGUGUUAUAUGGAGUAAAUGGGUGUGAAGUUGUUACCUAGUGAGGGCAAUAUGUAGCUUACUGUUGAGUAGUGUGUGAAUGGGGCAAGAAUGAAUGUGUUGUAGAGGUAUGCAGGUUAUUCAUGUGGCUGUCCCACAGAUUCAUCCUGUUUUCAUUGUCCUCCAGUGACUUAUAAAUUCUUGGAGGUGUGGGGCAAGACAUGCUGCCUCACAUAUUUUUUGUUAAUGGAGCUGGUCUGUGCUCUGGUUCAAUUGCCGAGUAGAUCAAUUCCUCAAUGUAUAUAUAUAUAGUUUAUCCGAAGAAGAUUUCUGCUAAAUGUGAUGUAGCAUUGUUUUGCCUGUUCCUCAUAUGAUUUGUAAUUGGUGUUGCUGUAGAGAAAGUUAAUUCUGUGAGGAUCGUGAUUUAGAGUAUGUAUAUAUAGAUUAAACAGGUGAUUGAUCAUAGCCAUAAUAAUCCUGGUGAAGACAUGUUAUACCCAGUUUACUGACCAACUAAGUGUGAUUGAUUCAGACUGAAGGAGAGGCGAACCAUUCCUAAACUCCAGUAAUUUGCAAAGCAGCGUACCAUUUGCCCGCAAGUCCAGGUGACAGUUGAAGGUGAAGACGUAACUGAAGCUUUGUCCAUUGCGUGCCUUCGAGUAGCAAAUGAAAGAAGGCUUCAAAAAGACUGGCUGACUGAUCAACGAGGUAAUGCUUUCCAAAGGCCAAUUAUCUGUGUUCAGUAGUUGUUCAUUAGCAGUUAAAUACUAAUUGGUGUGUCAAAAGCUGGCUCUGCCUUAGAACAGCCUACCUUGUUGAGACUAACCAGUUUGGUUUUAUCGGUACCACAGUAAUGUCAGUAUUAACUUUUAUAGAAAUUACAGUUUGAUUUUGGCAGUUUAUUGUUUCUGGUUUAUUAUUAUUAUUGUUCAUUGUUAUCAGUAGUAAUUAUUUAUAGUUUUAUUUAUGUAUUUUAUUUGCUGGCAUUACUGUGGGUUUACCUAGCCAGGAGUGGAAGGAUAGUAGGCAUAUGUUGACUCUACGAACGUGAUAACAUUGUUGGAGAAUGAACUGCUGAACAUUGUCACAUUUUGAUUCAUUACUUUUUUUCUUUUUUAAUCUUCAUGGACAGAGUUUAAGCUUCAACAGUUAUAUUUAGUAAUAGUUGCUAUUGAAAUUCAUUUUAAGUUAAGAGCCUAUUGAGAGUUUAAUGUAUUUAUUAAUGGGAUUCCUGGUUGCAUAUGCAUCGUCAUGGCGGUGAAGCCAAUCCAUCCUAACCAAGGCUUCAGGGGACGUAGCAAAUCCCAGCAUUCAGCAAGUGGUUGACAAAAACUGUGCAUAUGUACUGAGGCCACAUGUCAGUUUAAAUAAACACCUCCCACAUGA